AUGGAUCCUGUCACAUCGUUAAAAAUCAUAGUCUUUCCAAGCCUUGAAGACAAGAUAUUUGCUUCGGACCGGAAAGGUUUCUACCCAACUUCAUCGAGCGCGUUCAAUACAAAGGGUACGCUUGCCAACAGACAAAUACAAAACGGUGACCGAAUAGACUUAAGGAAACUAGCGGCUGAACGCAAGAAUUCGGGAAAUAAAAGACAGUUUAGCUGCCCUAGUAUCAUCGAUUUUAACACCUUAAAAUCAUACCAAGAAAUUCGUCCCAUGCACAAGCCAAAAAGGAUUUUCAAUGGUUUCUUCCCUUCGAGAGUUAGAUCCACGAUCUCUGUGGGAUUACAGGGUGCUUACAGAGAUGGUCAGGUAAGUCAGUCGCUUAAAUCACGUUAACUUCUUUUCUGUAGAUAAAGUGUUACAUUGCCAUUUGUAUCAAUUCUAGAGUUUCAUACUCCAAAUGCCCCGUAUUCUACAUAAAUUCGCUUUCCCUGACUCGAAAAAAACAAAACUUAAUGGCAAGAAACCGGCUUUCUGCAUGAGAAAUUUUUCUUUCGGCUUUCCUGUUACUUUUUUUUCGAAAUUUAUUUAGUUCGCUCUCUAAAGGGUCCAACUUUCCAGGGGAUGCUUUAAGCUGUAGGUUUUCUAGUUUAUAUUGAUAUAUUUUUAUCGUAACGAGUUGGUUUAAAAGGAAGCCGGUUAGCAUGUCUUUAAAGACUUCAAAGGUUGAUGUUACGAUGUGCGUUUCUUUCCGGCCAUCCCUGGACCAACUCAAUUUUUUGGAAAAUGAAAAAACUCAGGAGAAAAAAACAACAAAACAUACCACGGAACAAAAAUGUUUUCCCUUAUGUACUAAGCUAAGAGCACUAUCCCUUCUUCUGUGAAAACAAACGUUUUUUUUUUGCGUUUCGUUAUCACCAAUUGGUAAACGUUUGUUGAAUUUUAUUUGUUAACACGAUUACCCGUUGAAAACGAGUGAACGACACAUUAUGUCGUUCAUUCUUUAAAUAUUAGUGCUUAAACAUGUUUACAGCUAGAAAUAACCUUGCUGAAUUGCAUGAUUCGUGGUCUUAGCUUUGAGAUUCAUUUUUGCCUGACCGAACGGGUGACUGAUUGUGGACGUAGAGGAUGGGAAACAAAAGAGUUUAUCGCCUUCAUUAGUGAGUUGUACAUGUAACCAUGUAAACCACGCGUAGGACCCUCAAGGGCGCUAAAUUCUCGUUCACACUUUCAGCACUUACAUCACUUGGUAUUGGGAGUUUUUCCACCGCUAAUUGGCGACUUCUUAAGGCUGCCUAAACGGUUACAAGAAGAAAGACUUAACGUUUUAAAAAUCCACUUAAAACAUUCUUACCUCUGACGUUUUUGAUCCUUUACUACUUUCUCCCCAAAUGGUUUAUAUUUGUUUCCCUUUGAAGUUUCCAAAUAAAGUUAUCAUGAUGUACAACACGUGUGUGCAGAACGAAGACUUUCGACGUCUUAGAGACAGCCAUUAUAGACUAAUCCUUGUUGAAUUUCCCCAGGUUUUUAAAAACCGGAUAACGUUUUAAAGUAAAUUUGCCAGUUGUACCUCUCCAAAAUGGCCACCUCUGGGACAAAAGAAAGUGGCCGUUGUAGAGAGGUUUAAGCAAGAGUCAAUGUGUGGACUAUGUGGCCGUUUGUGGAGGUUGGACUGUAUAAAAAAUACACCGUGGACUAGCUUCUACUUCAGUAGGAUAUGAAAAUUCAUGCUCGUCCUUUUUCUCUGGAGAGAAAUCUAUUUGCUUUUCUGUCUUUUUUAGUUAUAGACUGCUUGCAGUUCGCCUUUUCUCUUAAAAUCCGUCUAGUUCUUAUCUCAGCCAGCGCGAUUGCAAACCACGACGUUAUGUUACAAUAACGGAUUGGGACCAGACGACACCCUCGUCAGCCUUGUUUAUCGUAUGUUUAUCGCGGCUCGCGGCCUCGCCGCUCGCGUGCUUGGGUAUCGCGUGCAGUAACUUUGCAAAGAAAAAUAAGAGACUGCUCGCUGUCUAUUUUAGUUAAAGCGAUGUUUUCUCACUUUUCAGGAACUUACUCUCGAAGAGCUCGUUCCAAAUCCAAACACACCACCAUACCACGAUGGAGCAGUGCUUUCUCGGAAUGCAACUUCAAGAAACAGCAGCUUACGAUCAGAGCCCAUCACUUUUCCGAACGAAUCCGAGUCCCGUCUGAAAACAAAACAAGACUCAAGGAGGGUAGUGUACUCACUCAGAAAUGGCUCCCCAUCCCCCUGGGUGGACAGAUACAAACUGAAGCAGAAAUCAAUUUCCGCGUUAACUUAUGUGGAACUCAAAAACAAGACCUCCCCUGCUGAGGAACCGCCUGUUCGGGGAUUUUCCAGAUAG